CCGGCCGGCGUGUGCCGGGGGCAGCGGGUCUAGAGGCUCCGCCCCGGCCGCCCGGCCCGCGGGGGGCGCACUUUGUUCCGGACGCCGGCUCCCCGCCCACUGCCGGGCCCCAGCCGGCGGCCCCAGCGCGGCCGCUCCGAGCCUGGGAGCCAGAAAACUUCCCUGCACGGCCCGCCGGCCCGGGAUGCGAGCGGGGCCCGAACGCGGUAGCGCCGCCCGGACGGGCAGGAGAGCACAGCGCUGACCAUGAAUGGGAUGGCCAAUGUCAACUCUGCCAGCCGUGCCCACUAUGCCUCCUCCAUCCCGGUUCCUCGACCUGCCUCCCAGUCCCGGAGUCACACGCCUGGCACCUCACCCCAGCUGCGGCCGCGUCAGGCCGGCCUGGCCCUGAGCCCCCAGAGAGCAGUCUCUCCAAGACCAGGCAAGGCCGCAGGCCCUUCCAGAAGCUCCUCUCCUCGCACCACCCGGGGGAGAGGCUCCUCCAAGGCUUCAGCUGAGGUUGGGGACAGCCUUUCCAGCUCCCCAUGGAGCAGUCCCAGGGCCACCCCCAAAGCUACCCUCUCCAGCUGGGCUGGGUCCAGAAAAGUUGGGGAGAUACAGGGCCCUCAGGGGAAGAAGAAGGCAGUCCAGGAAGGGAUUCCAGUCUGCCAGACUCGGGGAAGGAGCCCACCUCGGACCAGUUCUCUUGGAGAAACACAAAUACCAGGAGCUCCCAGAGGUCGCAAGCCACCUAGCUGCCUAGGAAAAGAUCCAACAGAUGGAAGUUACAGGGGUGUGGGGAUCUCCAGGCCUUCGGAUCCUGAUGAUGAGGCAGCUUCAGGGGCCUCCUCACCCACCUGCAGCCCUGGGCCAAGCAAACGGCCCUCCCCGGCGCCCGGAGCCAUCAGCUUCUCCUCAGUCCAUCAACAGAGCCCACCUGUCAUGGCCACUGUGGCCCCCUUCCAGUACAGGGUACAGACAGACCAGGAGCCUGAGCCCCUCCCCCAAGAUAGUUGGGCCUUGGGCGAGGACUCUGGGCCCCCUGUCAGGACUGAGGAGGACUUCUGCAUGGACGCGCGGAUCGUCCAUGCGCUCCUGGCGGGCAGAAUGCUGGGCAGCGGCGUCAAGAGCGCGCAGCCCGAGCUGGAGCUGAGCGGCGGCGGCGACGAGGGUGCGGACGAGCCCCGGGGCACGGGCCGGAGGGCGGCGGACGGCAGGGCCAUGCUGCCCAAGCGCGCCAAGGCGCCUGGCGCCGGCGGCACGGCCAAGGCCAGCGGGGCCGAGCUGAAGGUCUUCAAGUCCGGCAGCGUGGACAGCCGCGUCCCCGGCGGGCCGCCUGCCUCCAACCUGCGCAAGCAGAAGUCGCUCACCAACCUCUCGUUCCUCACUGACUCCGAAAAGAAGCUGCAGCUCUACGAGCCCGAAUGGAGCGACGACAUGGCCAAGGCGCCCAAGGGCUUGGGCAAGGCAGGCGCCAAAGGCCGCGAGGGCCCGCUCAUGUCCAAGACGCUAUCCAAAUCCGAGCACUCGCUCUUCCAGGCCAAGGGCAGUCCGGCGGGCGGCGCCAAGACGCCGCUGGCCCCGCUGGCGCCCAGCCUGGGGAAGCCCAGCCGCAUCCCGCGCGGCCCCUACGCCGAGGUCAAGCCGCUCAGCAAGGCUCCCGAGGCGGCUGUGAGCGACGAUGGCAAGUCGGACGACGAGCUGCUUUCCAGCAAGGCCAAGGCGCAGAAGGGCUCAGGGCCUGCGCCCUCCGCCAAAGGCCAAGAGGAGCGGGCCUUCCUCAAGGUGGACCCCGAGCUGGUGGUGACUGUGCUGGGCGACCUGGAGCAGCUGCUGUUUAGCCAGAUGCUGGACCCAGAGUCGCAGCGCAAGCGGACUGUGCAGAAUGUUCUGGAUCUGCGGCAGAACCUGGAAGAGACCAUGUCCAGCCUGCGCGGGUCCCAGGUGACACACAGCGCCCUGGAGAUGACCUGCUAUGACAGCGACGAUGCCAACCCGCGCAGCGUGUCCAGCCUCUCCAACCGCUCGUCCCCGCUUUCCUGGCGCUAUGGCCAGUCCAGUCCGCGCCUGCAGGCGGGCGACGCGCCGUCAGUGGGGGGCGGCUGCCGCUCGGAGGGGCCUCCCGCAUGGUACAUGCACGGGGAGCGGGCCCACUACUCGCACACCAUGCCCAUGCGCAGCCCCAGCAAGCUCAGCCACAUCUCCCGCCUGGAGCUAGUGGAGUCCCUGGACUCAGACGAGGUGGACCUCAAGUCGGGAUACAUGAGUGACAGUGACCUCAUGGGCAAGACCAUGACGGAGGACGACGACAUCACCACCGGUUGGGAUGAAAGCAGCUCCAUCAGCAGCGGGCUCAGCGAUGCCUCCGACAACCUCAGCUCAGAAGAGUUCAAUGCCAGCUCCUCCCUCAACUCCCUCCCAACCACACCCACUGCUUCUCGCAGGAACUCUACAGUAGUGCUCCGCACAGACUCAGAGAAGCGCUCGCUGGCAGAGAGUGGGCUGAGCUGGUUCAGUGAGUCGGAGGAGAAGGCCCCCAAGAAGCUGGAAUACGACAGUGGCAGUCUGAAGAUGGAGCCUGGGACUUCCAAAUGGCGGCGAGAGCGGCCCGAGAGCUGUGACGAUUCCUCCAAGAUCGGAGAGCUGAAGAAGCCCAUCAGCCUGGGCCACCUGAAGAAGGGCAAGACGCCACCUGUGGCGGUCACUUCACCCAUCACUCACACCGCCCAGAGUGCCCUCAAAGUUGCUGGUAAACCUGAAGGCAAAGCCACUGACAAAGGGAAGCUUGCAGUGAAGAACACUGGACUGCAGCGUUCCUCCUCUGACGCUGGCCGAGACCGUCUGAGCGACGCCAAGAAGCCCCCCUCAGGCAUCGCGCGCCCCUCCACAUCGGGGUCUUUUGGCUACAAGAAGCCACCCCCUGCUACUGGCACGGCCACCGUCAUGCAGACUGGAGGCUCGGCCACGCUCAGCAAGAUCCAAAAGACUUCUGGCAUCCCUGUCAAGCCAGUGAAUGGACGUAAGACGAGCCUAGAUGUGUCUGGUGCAGAACCUGGCUUCCUGGCCCCUGGGGCCCGCUCCAACAUCCAGUACCGAAGCCUACCGCGGCCGGCCAAGUCCAGCUCCAUGAGUGUGACUGGUGGGCGGCCAGGACCUCGGCCUGUGAGCAGCAGCAUCGACCCUAGUCUUCUCAGCACCAAGCAGGGUGGCCUGACCCCCUCCAGGCUAAAGGAGCCCUCUAAGGUGGCCAGCGGACGGAGCACACCGGCUCCAGUUAACCAAACUGACCGGGAGAAGGAGAAGGCCAAGGCCAAAGCAGUGGCCUUGGACUCCGACAACAUCUCCCUCAAGAGUAUUGGUUCCCCGGAGAGUACUCCCAAGAACCAGCCAAGCCACCCCCCAGUCACCAAACUGGCAGAGCUACCACCCACCCCUCUCAGGACCACAUCUAAGAGCUUCGUCAAGCCCCCUUCACUGGCCAAUCUUGACAAAGUCAACUCCAACAGUCUGGACCUCCCUUCAUCCGGUGGUGAUGCCCACACCACGAAGGUUCCGGAUCUGCACACCACCAGCUCGGCAACUGGGGUCCCUCUCCCUUCCUGCUUCACCCCCAGCCCAGCACCCAUCCUCAAUAUUAACUCUGCCAGCUUCUCCCAGGGCCUGGAGCUAAUGAGCGGUUUCAGCGUACCCAAAGAGACCCGCAUGUACCCCAAACUCUCAGGCCUGCACAGGAGCAUGGAGUCCCUCCAGAUGCCAAUGAGCCUGCCCAGUGCCUUCCCCAGCAGCUCUCCCAUCCCCACGCCUCCUGUUCCCCCGGCUGCACCCCCAGAUGAAGAGACAGAAGAGCUGACAUGGAGUGGGAGCCCCAGAGCUGGGCAGAUGGAUAGUGCUCAGCGGGAUCGGAACACCCUUCCCAAGAAAGGACUCAGGUACCAGCUUCAGUCCCAGGAGGAGGCCAAGGAGCGGCGUCACUCCCACACCAUCGGUGGGCUGCCCGAGUCCGACAACCAGUCAGAGCUGCCUUCCCCCCCUGCACUCUCCAUGUCCUUGAGUGCUAAGGGCCAGCUCACCAAUAUAGUGAGUCCCACUGCGGCCACCACGCCAAGAAUCACCCGCUCCAACAGCAUCCCUACCCACGAGGCGGCCUUCGAGCUGUACAGCGGCUCCCAAAUGGGGAGCACCCUGUCCCUGGCCGAGAGACCCAAGGGGAUGAUUCGGUCAGGAUCCUUCCGAGACCCCACGGAUGAUGUUCAUGGCUCGGUGCUGUCCCUGGCCUCCAGUGCCUCCUCCACCUACUCCUCAGCUGAGGAGAGGAUGCAGUCUGAGCAAAUCAGGAAGCUUAGGAGGGAGCUGGAAUCAUCCCAGGAAAAAGUGGCCACCCUGACGUCUCAACUCUCUGCCAACGCUAAUCUUGUGGCAGCUUUCGAGCAGAGCCUAGUGAAUAUGACAUCACGCCUGCGACAUCUGGCAGAGACGGCGGAGGAGAAGGACACUGAGCUGCUGGACUUACGAGAAACCAUCGACUUCCUGAAGAAGAAGAACUCUGAGGCCCAGGCAGUCAUUCAGGGAGCCCUCAACGCCUCAGAUACUGCUCCCAAAGAACUCCGGAUCAAGAGGCAGAACUCCUCAGACAGCAUCUCCAGCCUCAACAGCAUCACCAGCCACUCCAGCAUUGGCAGCAGCAAAGACGCUGAUGCAAAGAAGAAGAAGAAGAAGAGCUGGCUCCGAAGCUCCUUCAACAAGGCCUUCAGCAUAAAGAAGGGGCCCAAAUCCGCUUCCUCCUACUCCGACAUCGAGGAGAUCGCCACACCCGAUUCAUCAGCCCCUUCGUCCCCCAAGCUGCAGCACAGCUCCACUGAGGCCGCUUCACCCUCCAUCAAGUCCUCUAACUCGUCCUCUGUGGGCAUCGAAGUCACCGAGGGCAGUGCUCACUCGGUUCCCCAUACCAGGCUGUUCCAUGCCAAUGAGGAGGAGGAGCCAGAGAAGAAGGAGGUCUCCGAGCUGCGCUCGGAGCUGUGGGAGAAAGAGAUGAAGCUCACAGACAUCCGCCUGGAGGCCCUCAACUCUGCCCACCAGCUGGACCAGCUCCGGGAGACCAUGCACAACAUGCAGCUGGAGGUGGACCUGCUGAAGGCUGAGAAUGACCGGCUGAAGGUUGCCCCUGGGCCCUCGACGGGCUCCACUCCAGGGCAGGUCCCUGGGUCCUCCGCCUUAUCAUCCCCCCGCCGCUCCCUGGGCCUGGCACUCACCCACUCCUUUGCACCCAGUCUCACCGACGCAGACCUGUCACCCAUGGAUGGCAUCAGCACUUGCGGGCCCAAGGAGGAAGUGACGCUUCGGGUGGUGGUGAGGAUGCCUCCACAGCACAUCAUCAAAGGGGACUUGAAGCAGCAGGAAUUCUUCCUGGGGUGCAGCAAGGUCAGCGGGAAAGUCGACUGGAAGAUGCUGGAUGAGGCAGUUCUCCAGGUGUUCAAGGACUAUAUUUCUAAAAUGGACCCAGCCUCUACCCUGGGACUGAGCACUGAGUCUAUCCAUGGCUACAGCCUCAGCCACGUGAAGCGGGUGCUGGAUGCCGAGCCCCCAGAGGUGCCUCCCUGCCGCCGAGGGGUCAAUAACAUAUCCGUCAACCUCAAAGGUCUGAAGGAGAAGUGUGUGGACAGCCUGGUGUUUGAGACGCUGAUCCCCAAGCCCAUGAUGCAGCACUACAUCAGCCUCCUGCUCAAGCACCGGCGCCUUGUGCUCUCAGGCCCCAGCGGCACGGGCAAGACCUACCUGACCAAUCGGCUGGCCGAGUACCUGGUGGAGCGCUCAGGCCGCGAGGUCACUGAGGGCAUCGUCAGCACCUUCAAUAUGCACCAGCAGUCUUGCAAGGAUCUGCAACUGUAUCUCUCCAACCUAGCCAACCAGAUUGACCGGGAGACGGGAAUUGGCGAUGUCCCCCUGGUGAUCCUUUUGGAUGACCUGAGUGAAGCAGGCUCUAUCAGUGAGCUAGUCAACGGGGCCCUCACCUGCAAAUAUCACAAAUGUCCCUAUAUUAUAGGUACCACCAAUCAGCCUGUAAAAAUGACACCCAAUCAUGGCUUGCACUUGAGCUUCAGGAUGCUGACCUUCUCCAACAAUGUAGAGCCGGCCAAUGGCUUCCUGGUCCGCUACCUGAGGAGGAAGCUGGUAGAGUCAGAUAGCGACAUCAAUGCCAACAAGGAGGAGCUGCUGCGGGUGCUUGACUGGGUACCCAAGCUGUGGUACCACCUCCACACCUUCCUUGAGAAGCACAGCACUUCAGACUUCCUCAUUGGCCCCUGUUUCUUCCUAUCCUGUCCCAUUGGCAUUGAGGACUUCCGGACCUGGUUUAUUGACCUGUGGAACAACUCUAUCAUCCCCUACCUACAGGAAGGAGCCAAGGAUGGAAUCAAGGUACACGGACAGAAAGCCGCUUGGGAAGACCCAGUGGAGUGGGUCCGGGACACUCUUCCUUGGCCAUCAGCACAGCAGGACCAGUCAAAGCUAUACCAUCUGCCCCCACCCACCGUGGGCCCUCACAGCAUCGCCUCACCCCCUGAGGACAGGACAGUCAAAGAUAGCACCCCAAACUCUCUGGACUCAGACCCACUGAUGGCGAUGCUGCUGAAACUUCAAGAAGCUGCCAAUUACAUCGAGUCUCCAGAUCGAGAAACUAUCCUGGACCCCAACCUCCAGGCCACGCUCUGAGGGUUGUGGCAUCACCAUCACCCCAGACAGCAGGACACUGGCAUCCACCGUGUUUGCUCCUCCCCUCCCCUCUCUUGGCACCCCAGCCUAAGGGGACACCAGGAGGGUGGAGGAAGGGGGCCAGGUGGGGGCCAGGUCUUGGUGCUGCACAUUUGAGAACUUCUGAGUAAGGAUUGGUGGGGUGGAGUUUGGGGACACACAUCCCUUGGAUUCAUUUACCGGCCUCCUCUCACGACUUUGGGGGAAAAGGUGAAUCCGGAUCUUUUCCCUUGAUUUCUUGUCUCAAUUAUAGACUCCUGGGGUUUCUGGGGAGGGGUUCAGGAGAGCCCGUCCAAAGCUGCAGCAGUUCCUGAUUCUCUCCAACAACUCUGAGAGACAAUCCUGGUGACUGGGGGGCUUGGGGGAGGUCUCUGAGAGCAGAACCUCCCCAGAUUUUCGCCACCCCUUCUUCCCCACUCCAACACCACUGCCAACAACUCUUCCCCAAGAGAUCUGGCUGGAGACCUGCAAGAGAAGCAUGUGGUUUAAAAAAAAAAAAAAAAAGUCUAAAUCUCUAAAGGAUUAAAAAAAAAGAAUGAAAAAAAAAUGAAGCUGGAGAGAGGGGUGCCUCCCACAAACUCUAGAUGACACAGGGACCACGACAAGCUGGCUGCCAGCCUGACGCGUUGCCAGGCCACAGGCGUUGCCUUCCAGCCCUCAGAGGAAGAUUGCUCGCUCUGUCUUCCUCCUCAUUCAACAUGCACGAGAGUCAACCAGUCCUACCUUUCAAUUUUUUUUUCUCCUCUUUGCCUAUUUAUUUUCCUUUUCUUUAUUCUGCCCACCUUCCUUUUUUUUUUUUUUUUUUAUCAUGUGUCCAAGAGAUGCUUAGGUUGGUUUUCCCAAGUUGGGCUAAUGUUGCAUUUUCCAAGUGGGUUUUCAUUAGAGAAUCUGAUGUCUUCUGAUUGGCAUGGGCUGGACACCUGCUGUAGCACUGUCCUCAACAUCUUUGGAGCCCACUGAGAUAGGGAGCAUUGGCUCAGGGAAGUGGGAGAAGAGGAACCUUGGUUUCCCUUCUGAGAAAACACAUGUUCUAUCUAAGGCCUUAAUGGCUUCUAUGUGGCAAACGCUAGAAGAAGAAGAAUGGCUUCUAUAAGGCACAAGAACUUACCACACCGUCUUACUAGAAGAUUGACUCAGAGCUUGACCAUGGCCUGGAGGAAAACCAGAAAACUCAAAAUAGUCUUCAAUCUUAUGACCAGUGUGGCCCCCCUCAUUAUCUGCUUUGAUGGUGGCCACCUGCCUACCUGCAUUCCCUAGCUGGUGUUUGCAAUUUUUCAGCAAGUGAAUAUUCACUUGCAGGAGAUUGGUUGACCUUAUGAAAUAUUCCCAAUCAGAAACUAAGACUCAAGGCUCAGGGAGCUUGAUUCUUCCAAAAGGAUCUUAUUUUUGCAGAAGUUGCCCUGGUCUGGCAGUCUGUAUUCCUUGAUUAAGCAAGCACUUAUUGAGUACUUACACGUUACCAAUCAUUAUGUUGAAAAGGAAAAACAAAAACAAACAAAAACAUAACACUUGGGCCCUACAAUUCCAUUCAAUUCAAUAGGUUACAUUAGUUUCUGUUAAAUUUAUGUUCCCGGGUUUUCUAGACCUUCAGGAUCAUCUAAAAAGUUAGCCCAAACCCAAGGAACUAACCAGAAAAAGUCUUUGCUUAGAUAUCCUGUAAUGGGAGAAAAUCUGAGGUCAGUUAAAAUAGAACCCAGAGGAUGGUGUAAUCUUGUUUGUCUCAAGUGGAUAGGACAGCUUCCUACUACUUCUGACAGCCUCUUCAGACCAGAUUCAGAUUGAGCUGCCUGGUGAGGCCAGAGCCCCAGGACUCUGCAGAUCAGGGCUAUGUGAUAAGUCUGGGCCCAGGCAUCUGCUCUUUGAUUCCUCCAUAAUACAAGACCUUAUCAGAAUAGAGAGGCGCACUAACCUGGGUCAGUCUGCCUCACCCCAACCAAUGAACCAGUUCAUCUGCAUCAUUCUGUCAGAACGUUUUCACUUAGAUCCCAAGGAUGGUCCAGAUUGCACGCUGAGAAAGCUUCUGCAUUCACCUAGGAGCCCCAGGGAUAAAAAGAGGAUCCUCCCUCUGUGCUGGAGACUAGUCUUGUUGCUACACUCCCCUGCUCUGAAGAUGCCCCAGCCUACUCAGCUGUCCAAUCUGCAAUCUGUAGUGGGAAGAGGCUGGCCCAGGAUGGUGCUGAAACACUGCCUUAAGGUGUCUGCUGUGCAGAAGGAGGGGCCCCCAGUGCUGGGGGUGCUAACUUGGAAGGACAGGAAGACCUGACAGGCCUUCUUUGGACUGAGGCCUCUUCUGAACCCCAUCCUUAGCUGGUUCCAUGAUGAGGCUCAGACAAAAGCCCUUAACUAUCUUUAUUUUCUGGUGCUGCCCAGCCAGUGCCUUGGGUUAUGGAUGUUACUGGCUACUUGAGAACAAGGGAAGGAGGUAACCCCUUCCUCCAUCCCAACUGCCUCAGACCCCUCCCCCAAGGGGAUUCUUGUCUCUGGUAAUCAUGGACACCACCAGGAAUUUGACCUGGAUCCUGGCAGGUUGAUGCUUGGGGCCUCUGGUGGCGUGACUCUUCAGCUCUUGACCUGGGAUCCACCCUUUUGUCUCUCAUGUGACUGCUGCAUUCAGCCCAGGUCUCCAGUGGCUUCCCUCCCUGAAGUAGGUUUCCAUCUAAGCAGUUAAGACUGCACCCUCAGAUCUCCCUUGGAAACCUGGGACCCUGUUUACAGUUGCUCACUGGGCCCCUAUAAUCACCACUGGAAUCGAUCAGCUUACCAAGUAGUCCUGGUGAUGUGGCAUCUGUAGAAGGUUGAGCCCCCUCCUGGUGCUAUAACCCCUUGGGAUGCUCAUCCAGACUUCUCAGAAACAAACUCGGAAGCAGAAACCCUGAGCCCCUCACACUGCCCCAGAAUCCACGGUGAGAGCAGAUCCAAAACCUCCUGUCUAACCUGUGCACCUGCUUCUUGGUGGAGACCAACAGGAGCUCUUAGAAAGAACAGCGGAGUCCUGCGGCUACGUCCUCCAUCCCCAGACGCCUUCAGAAGACUCCAGCUUACCUAAGACUGGAACUUGUGCUGUCCCCCUCCUCUCUAGCUUCCCCUACCAACUACCCAUCAGCAACGUUGGCUUGCAGAUGCCAGGGUUGGAUACCCAACAUCCACCUGUAGGGAGCUCCAGCUCGAGGUGGGAUUCCUUGUCUGGAUGAAGACCACAACAUCUUGUCCAGUGUAUUUGUCUCUCAGUCCUUGCCUACGUACUAACAAUAAAAUACUAGGUCACUGGAGGCUACCAUGCGACCUGCUGUGUGUGUGUGUGUGUGUGUGUGUGUGUGUGUGUCACACAAGGGCAGUUUGCUGCUGCUGUUUCCUAUCUUGUGAGGCUUUGUGGAGUGAUUUUUUUCCAAGUCUUCUCUUUGUAACAGCUCUCUGGUGCUUACCUCUGUCUCUGUGUAAAUCCCUGUACUGGUGUCUUCUUUGUGUAGCCUAAUCUUUGGGGGAACUAGAGGCUGGCAGGGAAUAGGAAUUGGAUGAAAGUCCCUAGAGACACCCCAAAUAUUCAAGUCUUUGGUGGCUGGUAUGUUAACUUUUGAGAUUGCCAGCCUUGUAGCUAAUCUACCCAUAUCCCUUAAGAAUGGAAGCCAUGGGUUUUCUUUUUCUAAGGGAGGUUUUCCUGGUUUGUAGGAUUCCACCCAAGUGGGCCAAAUCUUACUGGCUCUUUGCUCUAGCUCCUUGAGGGAGGGGUCACUCUAUAGUGACUGCAGAGGAAACUGUCCAAAGGGGUGGGGGUGGGGGGCGGCAGUGGUAGAUGCAGGGUUUCUCAGCAGAAGACCUGUGACAGCAGCUACAUAAGGAGACCCUGUAGAGAGGUGUGACUGAGGGAGACCUUGCCCCACAAAGCAAGGUCAAGGAAAGAUGGCCCUGAGAUUUUUAGGGUUCUCUUUUGCAAAGUGUCUGGAAGAAGUUGCUCUUAUCCUCUUCACAUGUUUAACAGGAGGCUUGCGUGCUCAAGUAAUCAGCAUCACCAAAGAGAGUUCGCCUCAUACUUUCUUCUUCUCUUCCUCUUGGGUUAAGCUAACUCUAAAAUGUCAACUUUAGAAGCCAAGCCCAGCAAUGGAGUGGAGUUUGCUUUUGCAGAGGAUGUUCCAACAGAAAUGGUUCAUUUUGAGGAAAACUAAUAACUGCUAGUGAAUUCUGGCUCAUGACCCCACUAGUGAGGCUGUAAGUAAUAAAAUUCUAUUAGAGACACAAUGUCCCCAAAAGAUCAAUGCCUAGCGCUACUGCCCUAAUAACUAAAUUGGCUGUAUAUCCACACACGUCCUAAAUAAACCUUAGAAAGGAUAUAUAGACCCGCCAGCUUGAUGCUCCCCAUUACCAAGGGGCCAAGUGUUUUAACUGCUCAGUCUAGCCCUGGAAGCAAACACUGGAGGCCACAGACCUGUGGAAGAUGGCAAAGUCCCAAAGGGAGAACUCUGCCAGAGAUUUAGAAGCUGCAGGGAGACCAAUACCAUUGAGAGCUAACCCUAGGCUUGCUGGAUCCUUCCAUGUUGAUGUUUUGACCGUUUCUCUGAAUGAUGGUGACAUAGAGGAUAUCCUAUGGCAGUGGUCAUAGUAAAUAACCCACCUCCAGGUAUCAUGAUUCUUUCCAAAUGAGUGAUUCUCAGUAUAGGAUCCCAGGCCAGACGCACAGAUGGCCUCUGGGAACUUGAGAAAAAUGCAGUUCUCAGGCCUCAUCCCAGGCCUCCCAAAUCAGAAGCUAUGUGGAGGGUCCCUGUAACUUGUGUUUUUAAAUAAACCCUCUUGGCAGCUGUGAUGCACACUGCUUGAGAGUCACUGUUUUUAAAAGGAAAAUGAAAUUUCAGAGGACCAAAAAUAAGAUAUGCCCUAGGUGGUAAUUCAGAUUUUUGACUUUUAACACAGAAAAGGUGUGAAUGCCUUUGGGUGGCAGUCAGCAGAGUAAGACUCUGCUGAUUAAAAUGUGCAGCUUCAGAGAAAAAUCUAAAGACAGAUUCCUGGGGGGGGGGGAGCUCUAACCAAUCGCUCUUCUGCUAUUUGAUUUGCAUCUGCUCAGAGCUUUUUUCUACUUAUGUAAUUGGAUGGGUAAAGUCUUUUUUUUUUGUAAUCUAAUUUGUGUUUCCAUGACAACUUGUUCUCCCAGCAACAUCCUUCUCUUUCCAUUUUCCCUGUGGGGUGUGAGAACCUGACCAGCACCUCUUCCCAAGGUAGCUAACAGCUCUAGCUAGGGCUCCAACAUCUUCUCCAGCCUCUGCUGGCCUCACAGGAGGGAAUUCAACAGAGUGAAGAUACUGAGCUGGGUCACUAAGUCUUUGGGCUCAUCCCUUCCCCACAUCAAGACCCAGGUGCAGAGUUAGAUAACCAUGGUGAUAAAGUGAAAUCAUUUUUAAAAAAAUCUGAAAGGAGUUUCCUAUCUCUUCAGAUUCACAGUCUUAUAGCUGAUGGAGCCCCAGGGAUGGUGGUUAGACUAUUUACAACUGGGUUUGUUUCCAGUUGCUCAGUUUUCCCUGCCAGGGAACUUGUGGGCAGAGAACAAAGCAGCACACCAGGCCCAGGCCCUGAGACCCAGAACUAAGAUCUGGAGAAAGGCAAAUGGAAACCAAUUCCACUAGUCACUUCCCCAGUCCUAAGGAGGCUAGUGACUUGUCCUUUGCUCAUUUCCUGUGGGCUCUUCUUGCUUUCCUGCUAAGAGACCACAGAUACACGUUAAUAAGACAAGCUUUUUCCCCCCAAGCUUUUUCCCCCCACCCUAAUACCUAGCCAGUCUUGAAGCUACUGCUAUGCAGUAACCUCCCACUUCCUAACUUUCUGUUUGUUUGAAUAGAACAAUCUUUUGAGCAAACGGAUUCCUUUCUGUCCCCCACCUCAUCCUGUUUCUGUGACGAGUCUUGUGUGUUUCUCAGAUUUGUAGUGAGCCUCAGGUGGGAAGCCAGCAGUAGUUCUUGCAAAACUUGCUAAUUUUAAUUUAUUGGGUGCAAGACCCCAAGCCCCACAUACAUGUGUGUCUGUGUGUUUAUGCUUUUUUAAAAUUUUAAUUUGACUCUCGUUUCUUUUAAAUCAACCCCCUUUUGGAGCUAAUGUCAAGAAAACAGAACUAAGUCUGGAAGGCCAAGUGCUAUAUCUAACUGCGGUAACAAUCACCAAGCGAGCUGGGUUAUCCCCUUUUAACAUUGGUUGACAAUUACAUUUACGCCAGGGCCUGCUAAAGAGGCCUUUCUUUUAUCAACACCAAAGGCCCCCCCCUCAUCUGGACCCUCUGUCCUUCUGGCAUGUGUCCUCCCAGCAAGUAUCACCUGUUCAAUGCCAUUUGCGUUUCAAUAAAGUUAUUUCCUGUAUUGUCCACUG